AUGGUAAUCACAAAAACCAAAGAGCAAAUCUUUGGCUUCAUCAGAGAUAAAUGCCAAAAAACAAUCCUCAACUGGAGGAAUACACAGCUAAGUCAAGCAGGGAAAGAGGUUUUGCUUAAAGCAGUAACUAUGGCAAUGCCAACUUAUGCCAUGUCGUGUUUUAAACUACCCGUGAGGUUAUGCAAAGACAUCAACUCUCUCAUGGCAAGAUUUUGGUGGGGGGAGGAGAAAGGCAAAACGAAAAUGCAUUGGGUUUCAUGGAAGAAAAUGACAACUGAGAAAAAAGCUGGUGGACUUGGCUUCAAAGAUCUUCAAAGUUUUAAUAAAGCUUUGCUAGGCAAACAGAUUUGGAGGCUCCUCACAUGCCCCAAUCUUUUGCUUAGCAAAGUGUUGAGAGCUAGGUACUAUCCCAAGACAACACUCUUGAGCUGUGAAGUAAAAGGUAAUGCAUCAUGGAUAUGGAAGAGUUUGAUGAGCGCAAGAGAGGAGGUCCAGCGAGGAGCUAGGAAACAAAUUGGAAAUGGGAAAAGUACCAGAAUUUGGGAAGAUGCUUGGAUGUUGGAAGGUAAGGGAGGUAAGAUUGAAUCCACAAAACCCCCUGGUUGCAAGGUCACAAAAGUUAGUGAGCUGAUAUCUAGCUUUAGGUGGAAAUCAGCUCUCAUUUUUAGGCUUUUUAGUUCACAAGAAGCAGGCCACAUACUCAAAACACCUAUAAGCUUGACAGGGAGACCAGAUUGUUACUUUUGGACUCAUAGCAAAAACGAAACCUACACUAUCAGGAAAGCAAGGAUGAUAUGGAAGAUGGCUCCAUUACAAUGGGAUGGUCUUCAUGAGUUCACAAACGACUUCAGAAAAUGGUGGAGUAUACUAAUGGAAGUUAAAGCUAGGAAAGAAGGAAGGGAACAUAUAACAUUGAUAGUUGACAUUCUCUGGCAGAUUUGGAAAGCCAGGAAUGCAGUAGAGUUUGAAGACAAAGAGAGACAUCCAAUGAAAGUGAUUACAAAGGCAGUCAUGGAGUGGGAGGAAUAUCUAAAAUCCCAACAGGCUGAACAACAAGUGAGCAUCUCAGAAACAGAUACAGCAAAUGCACAAGAGGAAAUAGUGGGCGAAGAUGCAAACACAUUGAUCAUUUGUGUACAUGUGGGACAGCACUUCGAAGGUCAGAACAUGGGAAUUGGCAUUAUGGCAGAAAACAGCAUGCACCACAUAUGUGCAGUGUGGAUGAUGAAAGAAAGAAGCAUGGGAUCACCUGUACUGGACAAUCUUGUGGCUAUACAGUUGGCACUUUGCAAGCUAAAGGAACGAGGCUGCCGCAACAUCAAACUUCAGACACCAAGCAAUCAGGUUUCCAAGCUUAUCAACUGUCAAGUCCCAGGCAACAUGCGACUAGCAGGCCACGUACAAUACAUAAAAGAUCUUAGCUUAAUGUUUAGGACAUGCUCAUUUGAUAUUCAGUCUGGUAAUAAUAGGAUGAAUAGCCUCAGUCAUAAACUGAGUAAGCAAGCAAUGCAUUUACAUUUUGAUGAGGAAGUCUUUGAUCCUCAGUGUCUUAGUACACUUUUGUGA